UUUCGACACAACAGUUAAAGGAGCUUAAAUAAGGUUCAGGCGUAUGCACAAUUUUUAGAAAUCUUUGAAGAUUUUUUAAUUCAUCUCUCUUGAAAGAAUCUCAGUUUAAUUUAUUAAAUUUAUUUAUCGCAACAAUGGCAUUUGUAACAUCUUGUUUAUUCCGAAAGUUUCCUUUACAGACAACUUCAAAGUUUUUCUCAACUUCUUCUCGUUUGCUGACUGCUCGAGUUCAAAAACCAGCGCCUGAUUUUGCCGGAACAGCUGUUAUCAACAAUGAUUUCAAGGAAAUCAAACUUUCCGAUUUCCAGGGAAAAUAUUUGGUUUUGUUCUUCUAUCCUCUUGAUUUCACCUUUGUAUGUCCAACUGAAAUUAUCGCGUUUUCAGAUAGAAUCAAAGAGUUCAAAGAUUUAAAUACGGAAGUUGUUGGCGUGUCAGUUGACUCACACUUUAGUCAUUUGGCAUGGUGCAACACACCUCGCAAACAAGGAGGAAUUGGAAAGAUCGAUUAUCCACUACUUGCCGACUUAACUAAGAACAUUUCAAAAGAUUACGGAGUUUUACUUGAUGAUGCCGGAAUCUCUCUCCGCGGGUUAUUUAUCAUUGACCCUAAACAAACUGUUCGUCAAAUCACAGUUAAUGAUCUUCCUGUUGGUCGCUCAGUUGAUGAAACUUUACGUUUAAUUCGAGCUUUCCAAUUCACUGACAAACAUGGUGAAGUUUGUCCAGCUGAUUGGGAUGAGAAGAACAACAAAGCAACGAUCAAACCCGAUCCUAAAGGAAGUCAAGAAUAUUUCUCUAAAGUUAAUUAAUGUCAUGAUUUUAAAGAAAAUUGAAAGCCAUGACUCAAUCAGGAAAUUAAAAAAUAAUCUGAAAAUAUCUAUUUGUGAAUUGUAAUGUGUAAAUUUUAAAAAGAUUAUUAAAAAUAAAUUCAGAUUUAUCUACCUAUU